AUGGAACCCUGGCCUGUAGUGGCCUGGGUCCUAAUGCUGACUUCCAUCGCUGAUUGGAUGAAGACUGUUCAAUCAAGAGACUUCACAGAAAAGGACAUCAUAUUCCUCCAUCCAUCGACUACUCCAUACCCAGGAGGAUUUAAGUGUUUCACAUGUGAGGAAGCAGCUGACAAUUAUGAGUGUAAUCGCUGGGCGCCAGAUUUCUACUGCCCACAGGAGACUAAAUAUUGCUACACUAGUCAUACCCUUGACUGGAUUGGGAACACAUUAGCAGUAAUGAAGCGCUGUGCUGCUUUGGAGGACUGCCUUUCUACAGGCUGCAACAACAUGAAUAAUGAAGGAAACAAGGUGUGUAUAUCCUGUUGUGAGGGGAACAUCUGUAACAUGCCUCUUCCCCAAAAUGAGACAGAUGCCAUCUUCACCACCACGUCACCCUUAAAUAGCAGCCAUCAACCUGCAGAAGAUUAUAAACUGUUGUUCUUGCUUUUUAUGCAGGUCCUCAUCCUCAGUCGUGCUUGA